AUGACAAGUAGAGUUAAACUAGUUUUAUUUGCUCUUUUCUCAAUUGCCUUGUUAUGUUUGACCAUUCAAGGUACUGAAGGAAGAGGCAUUGCUAAACGUUUCCAAAGAGCAAUUCAGAAAGCUGCUCAAAAAGCUGCUGCCAGAGUAACCAUUAAUCAUUGUCAAGCUGUUGGUGAUCCUCAUAUCACUGAUUUCAGAAGACAAUACAAGGAUCAUUAUGGAGCUGGUGAUUAUGUUUUAGCCGAAACUGAGGAUGGAAAUUUUGUUGUACAUGGAAGAACCACAAAGUUUAGAACUGUCAGUGUUCACACUGGUCUUGCUGCUCUCAUCAAUAAGGAACGUAGAAUUGAGUUUGAUCUUGGCACUCGUCAAAUUUAUAUUGAUGGUGUUGUUACCAAUAUGAAUGUUGGACAAAAGAUUCAAUUAGAUAAUGCUGGAUCAUAUGUUCAAAGAACUGGUCCACAAACUUUGGUUAUUGCUGGAAAAAGAGGUGAAAGAUGUACAUUCUCAUGGACAUUCGCAUGGUUGACACCAUAUAUUGAUUUCUACUUGGAUGCUCCUUCCAAUGUUCCAUUCACUGGUGGUGUAUGUGCUGACAUGAAGUAUUUGACAAGUAGUGCUAGUGGUGUUUUCCGUAAUCACAUAAAACGUACCAUUAAUACAGUUGUUCCAAAGAAACCAACACCAGCCAAGAUUGAAAAGGCCACUAAGAAAUGUACUAAAGCUGGUUUGAGUUCUGCACUCCAUCCAAUGGCUUUCCGUUCAUGCAUGGAAGAUCAAAUUCAAUUCGGUGGAAAGGGUGGUGAUGCUUUAGCUAAGAAUGCUGCCAAGAAUCAAAAACAUCACGAUAAGAAUGUCAAGAAGUGGAAGAAACAAGCUGUCAAGAAGGCAAUUGCCAAGGCUGUUAAAAAGGUCAUUAAGAAGGCAGUUGCAAAGGCAAGUCCAGAAGAAAAGAAGAAACUCAAAAAGCAAUUGAAAAAGGUUGCCAAGAAAGUUCAAAAGAAGGUUGUUAAAAAGGCUGCCAAGAAGGAUGCCAAGAAGAGAGCAAAGAAACUUUCUAAGAAGGCCCAAAAGAAGGCUGCCAAGAAACUUGCCAAGAUUUUGAAGAAAUCAGGUAAAAGAAGUAAAAGAAGAGCUGCAAGACGUGCUAAAAGACAAGCUGAAAGAAGAAAGAGAUUGGCUAAAAGACGUGCUGCUAGAAGACAAAGAUUGGCUGCUAGAGAAGCUGCUAGAAGAAGAAAAGCUCAAAGACGUGCUGCUAGAAGAGCUGCUAGACGUCUCAGAAGAGCUGCCAAAAAGAACUCAAAAAGACAUUCCAAGAAGGCAUCCAAGAGAUCUAAGAGGAGAAGACACUCUGGCAAGAAAUCCCAAAAGAGAGUCAAGAAAGUUAUCAAGUGUGCUAAAAGAAAGAGAGGUGUUAGAAAGUCUAAACGUUCCACAAGACGUUCUCUAAUCAAGAAGGCCAAGAGGGCUGCCAAACGUGCAAAGAAAGCAUUGUUGAAGAAGAAACGUUCUGCCAUUAGAUCUCAAAAGAGAGCCAUUAGAAGAUUAAGAAGAACUGUUAGAAAGUUGAAGAGAAAGUCCAGAAGAGCUCGUAACAUCGUUAAGAAACUCAGAAGACGUGCUGAAAAGACUGGUAAGAAGAGAGCCAUUCGUGCUUACAAACUUGCAAUUAAGGCUGCAAGAAGAGCCAGAAGAGCCGCCAGAAGAGCAUGUAAAAAAAUUAACAAGAAGGCAAGAAAGAUCAAUAAGCUUGUUAAAAAGAUUAAGAAAGCUGCUAAAAAAGCUGCCAAAAAGGCUGAAAAGAAGGUUUUGAAGAAGAAUAAAUAAAUCUAAACCGUUGGUGUCAC